AACAACAAGUAGUGUUUCCAUCACCCUCCUCCUUUUGACAUUCCUAAUUAUUUAUUCACACGUAUCUCCCUCCCUCCCUCCUUAUCUGUCUUCUUUCAUUCCCUCCCCUCCUUUAUUGAAUUAUAUAUAUAUGUACACACACAAUAUAUAUAUAUAUACACACGCAAACAUUCAUUUGAUUACAAUUCAAUUCAUUUGAAUCCCACCCAUCACGACCAAAGAAAGAAUAGAAAAGAUGCUGGUAAAUCAUCAAAACGUCCCAGAAACCCAACAAAAAUUCCUACCAAAAAGAAUAAUAUUAGUCCGCCACGGCGAAAGUGCCGGAAACUUAGACGGAUCCGCAUACGCGACCACACCCGAUUACAAAAUCCCUUUAACCGAAGACGGUAUCCAGCAAGCCAAACUAGCGGGUACCCAGAUCCGAAAUGUUGUGUCGGAUUCGGGCAAGUUAAAAAACUGGAAGGUUUGUUUCUAUGUAUCUCCUUAUGAAAGAACAAGGUCUACUUUAAGAGAAAUUGGUAGAUCUUUUGGUAGAAAUAGAGUUAUUGGUGUUAAAGAAGAAUGUAGGAUUAGAGAACAAGAUUUUGGAAAUUUCCAGAUUGCUGAAAGAAUGAAUAUUAUUAAGCAGACUCGGGAACGAUUUGGUAGGUUCUUUUAUCGCUUUCCCGAAGGCGAGUCUGCUGCCGAUGUCUUUGAUCGCGUUUCCAGCUUUCUAGAAUCUUUAUGGAGGGAUAUUGACACACGGCUUCAUUAUGAACCCUCUGAGGAUUUAAAUAUUAUCAUAGUUUCACAUGGACUAGCUUCACGUGUCUUUUUAAUGAAGUGGUUCAAAUGGACAGUUGAACAAUUUGAGUACCUAAACAAUUUUAACAACUGUGAGUUUCGAGUAAUGCAAUUAGGAGAUAGUGGUGAAUACAGUUUGGCUGUUCAUCAUUCUGAUGAAGAAAUGCUAGAGUGGGGACUAUCAGCAGAGAUGAUACAUGACCAAAAAUGUCGAGCCAGUGGUGUGAUUGAGAAAUCUCAAUGGUACAUGGAUAGUUUCUUUGACCAUCUAGACAGUGAUUCUGAGGAUGGCGAUAAAGAAUAUCGUGCCACUGAAAAUACAAAUUCUUGAAUUAGCGGCUACAUGAAAAAAGUUUGAAUUCUGGGAGCCCAAUUAAUGUAAACAUGUGCUGGCAAGUUUUAGUUACUAAUUUCAUUACGAAAUAAUUAUAAUUUUGUAUCACUCUCCAAAGAAAGUUGGUGAUUUGGUUACGGAAUUUAGUGAUGCAACUCAUUGAUAGAUGACUAUGUUGAUAUUGGUACUGGUACUGUAUCUAUUCUAAACAAAAGAGAGUACAAAGUUAUAAGGCUCUGGCUCUUUAAAGAUAA